CGAGACAGCACCAAACCGACAUUGUGCUACUUCCGCUUGCCUGUCGAGCCUGUCUGUGCUGGUCUGAUCAAGAUGGAUCACGAAGUGCGCUGUUUCGGAUUGGAUCCUGCGCGAACACCUGUGACACUGGGAAUUGAACCUUUCCAACCGUGAAAUUGCCUGUGAUAGUCACUCCACGCUAGACGGAAAACGGAAGCCCCCUGGGCCCCCCUUGUGCAUUCUCGUCCCGCUAUCUUCGAGAUCCGGCUCCGCUUCCAAGUCGACAACAUCGGCCCGCGCAGGGGUGGACAACAAACCAUCUUCGGCGCUGAUUCUCAGCCGGGCCCAUGGCACCUAGCCUGCCAUACAUUGCACCUCCCGGGACCCCGCCAACUCCGGCCUCCGUCGCCCGAGACACCGGCCGCGGUGAGCCCUCGUUCCAGUUUACUUGCGACGACUACGACGGCGAUCGGGAUCGAGACGAACCAGCCAUUGAUUUGGCGGAUACCCAGCCGCCAGCGGCCUCCCCUCGAAGUAGUCCCGCCGCCUUCCUCCAUCCUCACCACGCAUCGUCGUCGCUGCGUCCACCAACUCCGGAGUCUGCCUUUGCCAUGGCAACCGACGAUGGGCUCGCAAAUGGGGAGCCCAGUGCGGCGGCCCCGAAAAACCCGUUCAACUUCCAGACCCAAUUCAUAUCAACAUCCCCGGUGAAGUCUAAUAUCGGUCAGCGACGAGGUCACCGUUACAAACACAGUUCAAUAAGCGCACAACACCAGAUCUUCCAGGAGCCGCCGCCGCGACCGCCGCCCGUUCUCCCCGCCUCCCUCCCAAUACCUACCUUGAAAGAAGCCUGGGCGAGCAUGCAGCGCGACCAGCGCGCCCGUCUCUGGUGGUGCUGCUGCCAUGCCGCGGUAGCCAUGUACGUCUUCUUCAGCGCCGAGGGCUCGCUCGCCAUGACAGCGCUCUCCCACCUCGUCUUCUUCGAUGUCGGGUCGGCGGCCGUGUGCGUAGCCGUCGACGUGCUGGGUAACUUCGAAGUCUGGCGGCGCUCCAGCAUCCGCCACCCCUUUGGCCUGCAGCGCGCCGAGGUCCUCGCCGGGUUCGCCAUGUCCGUCUUCCUCGUGUUUGGCGGCUUCGACCUCAUUUCUCACAACCUCAAGAACUUCCUCGAGUCCGUUGGCGACCACACCCCGCACCAUCCCCCAACAGCUAGCGAGCCCGUCGACGCCCACGGCCACGGUGGUCACGCCCACAGCGCGCGCUAUAUCUCCCCCGGGACGGUGGACUUUGCGAGUCUUGCCGCCGUAGUGAGCACUCUAGUCAGCGCGUACGGCCUGCGCAACCACAGCCGUAUCCGCCGGGUUGUGCGGGUGCCCUUUCCCUACCUCGCCAAACUCCUGCCCGGGGCAACAAUCCUCGCCAACCCCUUCCACUUCCUGACCCUCUGCUUCUCCUUCCUGAUGCUGCUCCUCCCGCUAGUCAGCAUACCGCACUUCGUCUGGCUCGACGCCCUGCUCUGCGCCGCCAUCGCGGCAAGCAUGUUCGUGCUGGGCACCAGGCUGGCCGUCGCGCAGGGGCUGAUGCUGCUCAUGAGCUACAGCGGCUUACCCCCCGCUAAGGCCAACCACAACCCCAACAGGACGGUGUCCGAGAAGAAGACGGACACCGUCGUCACCACCCACAACAGCAGCGCCACGAGUGUGUCAGCCGUCGUGCGGGAGAUCGAGUCGGAACCACAGGUCGCGCGCGUCGAGGAGGCGCAGUUCUGGCAGGUGCACUACGGGCUGGCGAUGGCCAACCUGAAGGUCCGUGUUGCCCGCGGCUAUGGUGAUGAUAAUGCUCUGAGCCAGCUGCGGAGUCGAUUGGCCAGGGUGGUGCAGAAUCGGCUGGGCGAAGGCUAUGGGAGGGGAGGGAACUUGAGGUGGGAGGUUACCGUGCAGACUUGCACGGAUGGGUAG